CAUGACGCACACGUCCUAUCCCAGCAUGCACCAGGAGGCCCUUGAGAGAUCCAGCAGCUGGUAGUGAAUUGCGCGAGCGCCGUAGCAGGCAGCAGGCAACGGUCAACACAGCCCACACAUUUCUUCGUCCAUGUGAGUUAAACUGAGACGUCUACUUUACAUGCUACAGAAAAUAUGCUGUUCGGGCGCCCGACGAGUUCCCGAAGCGGCUUUUGAGUCAUCAUAUUCACCCGGCUUUCGUUUUGGAGGAUUCCUCCCUCCAUCCUCCGGAUCCCACCGAACAGGCAAUGACAACGGUCUCAGCAACCCCGCAGCAGAUGAGGGACCGGCUGCUGCAGGCCAUUGACAGUCAGAGCAAUAUAUGCAAUAUGGUGGUUGUUCUGGAAGUAAUUGCUUGUUUAGAGAAGUAUCCUAUCACCAAAGAAGCACUUGAGGAAACUCGGCUUGGAAAGUUGAUAAAUGAUGUUAGGAAGAAGACCAAGGAUGAAGACCUUGCAAAGCGUGCUAAGAAACUCUUAAAAAACUGGCAGAAACUGAUUGAACCAGGGCCAGCUGUGCCUGCAGGCGCCCCAGGGUCUACCAAUGGCAGUUCGCAUCCCUGCAGAGCGGACACCGCUUCUCCUGACAUUUCUGUUCUGGGGAAGGGAGUCCCUGAAGUUAAAAUCAGGAAUGAUGUUCACAACACAUACUCACCUAAAGCUGAAAAAUCAAGCAGCCGCAAGCGUCGGGCAGAGAACAGAGACAGUGGGGUGCACUUACCAGAAAAGAUCUCCAAGAUGGCUUCAUAUGAUAAUUCAGUUUCACCACCACCCACCAACGGGAUCACAGGCAGCCCAGAUGCUGUGCCUGACCAGGAGGUGGUCCCCUCUCCUGACAGAUCUCGAUUAGACCACCUUGAUAAUGACAAAGUUAACAGAAUUCCAGUGAACGCUGUCAAACCUCGCCCUAGCUCCCCUGGAGUGGCCAAACUACCUAGCACUUCCUCUUUGAUCAAGGUUGCUGUGAUGCAGCAGCAGGCUAGAUUGGAAGAAGGCUGCUAUCAAGCCAGAAGUCCCCGCAGCAUUUCUUCCAGCCCAAGGAGCCUGAAGCAAGACUCUGUAACCAAGCGCUCCUCAGCAUUUGCAGCGAAGGGAACGCCAGUCCCAAGUCCUCCUUCUAGAGACUCUCCGGUGUCUUUUUCUCAGCCUCUGGCCUCUCCCAGCCAGGCGGCGUGCAUUGACAAGCUGCCACAUUCUUCUCAGCGCUCUUCAGUGCACUCGGCCAGUUCGUCAGAAGUCUCCUCUUAUUGCCCAUCCCAUGACAUAUCUGCAACUCUGGAAUUCCCAUCAGUCUCCCCUUCUCAACAGAACUCUGAAUUACACAGAUUGAAAUUUGAGGGCGCCAUGACUGAUGACCCAGACGGGACAAUGGUUCCCAACUCCGAGCAUAAAAGGAGGAAGUAUAGAUCUAGAGACUACUCUGUCAACAUAGAUGGCCAGAAAAUAGAGGACACAACUAAACCUGUACGGUUAAAAGAACGCAGACUAACAUUCGACCCAGUCACUGGUCAGAUUAAACCUCUGGUGCAUAAAGAAUCUUCUCGGACAGAGGAAGCCGCCACUCCCGACCCUGCGGAGUUCAGGCAGAGAACUGAAAGCUCCGUACAACAGCCUGCUGCCACAACCCCAAGCCAAGGUCCCGGCCCGAGCCCUUUCCACCAUACUAACUGGAAGGAUCUGUCUAGGAAUGAAAUCAUCCAGUCCUACUUGAACCUUCAGAGCAAUGUGCUCACCUCAUCGGGGGUUCAGGCCCCCAGCGCACACUUUUUCAUGUCAGAAUACCUGAAAAGGGAAGAACAGGAGAUUAAGGAGUUGAGGAAAACACACGUUUUGCAGACAGACAGCUCAGUGGGGGAUUUACCAGGCGUGAGCCGGGACGUCACCGAUGUGGACUUGGAUAGGAUACAUACGCAGCAUUGGCCGGGGGUGAAUGGUUGUUACGAUACCAAUGGCGCCUGGUUUGAUUGGACAGAGUGCAUAUCACUGGACCCUCAUGGGGAUGAAAGCAAAUUGAACAUCUUGCCAUACGUUUGCCUAGACUGAGGGGCUGGGGAAGGUUGCUGUUUCUUUUCCACUCCUUUCUUCAUCUUCCCACAGAGACCAGAUAGCUUGAGAUUUUGUUUGUCCACUGUGAGUUUGGCAAGAACCGGGCCUGCUAAACUCCCCUCCCCACGCCUCUUUCUGUGAUAAUCUAUGACGAUCUGGUAUUAAAAUGCAAAGAUUAAAGGAAUAGUUGAGUUUGUGAUAUCAAGGGCUGUUUGUUUUAUUUUUCAAAGUGAAACAGGAAAGCAGAGGCCCAUAAAGGCCGAAUUUUUACAACAAUGGGAAUGUUUAAAGGUUUGAAUUGUGCCCUCCUUCCAGGCAAACUGAGAGGAUCCUGUUUUCAUUUUACCUUCUUCUUUCUGUAACGAGGGGGUUAAACAUGAGGAAGGCUGGGGUUUAGCUGACCUGUCCAUACCGCCAUGUUGGUGCCCAGGAUGGUGCUGGUGGGGUCCAUCUAGCCCAGUUAGAGCCCAGCAUGCCCCAGCUGUGAAAUUCAGGGGCAUGGUUUGGCAGUUAAGAUGCUUUAUGUGAAAUAUAAAGAGUAAAUUAUAAGUGUCUUAUCAUGUAAACAAUUAUUUAUUUUUGACCAUUUCAUUUCUGGGAUGUUCAUCCAAACAGCUUUUCAGAACCUUCUUUUUUGUUUGGAUUAAAUUGUCUGCCUCAACGUUCAGAGCAGGUAAACCGAUGUUAGCAUGAUGUUAGCAUGAUGUUAGCAGGUAAACCGAUGUUAGCAUGAUGUUAGCAGGUAUACCGAUGUUAGCGUGAUGUUAGCAGGUAAACCGAUGUUAGCGUGAUGUUAGCAGGUAAACCGAUGUUAGCGUGAUGUUAGCAGGUAUACCGAUGUUAGCGUGAUGUUAGCAGGUAUACCGAUGUUGGCGUGAUGUUAGCAGGUAUACCGAUGUUAGCGUGAUGUUAGCAGGUAUACCGAUGUUAGCGUGAUGUUAGCAGGUAUACCGAUGUUGGCGUGAUGUUAGCAGGUAUACCGAUGUUAGCGUGAUGUUAGCAGGUAUACCGAUGUUGGCGUGAUGUUAGCAGGUAUACCGAUGUUGGCGUGAUGUUAGCAGGUAUACCGAUGUUGGCGUGAUGUUAGCAGGUAUACCGAUGUUAGCGUGAUGUUAGCAGGUAAACCGAUGUUAGCGUGAUGUUAGCAGGUAAACCGAUGUUAGCGUAAUGUUAGCAGGUAUACCGAUGUUAGCGUGAUGAUGGCAGGUAAACCGAUGUUAGCGUGAUGUUAGCAGGUAAACCGAUGUUAGCGUGAUGUUAGCAGGUAUACCGAUGUUAGCGUGAUGAUGGCAGGUAUACCGAUGUUAGCGUGAUGUUAGCAGGUAAACCGAUGUUAGCGUGAUGUUAGCAGGUAAACCGAUGUUAGCGUGAUGUUAGCAGGUAUACCGAUGUUAGCGUGAUGAUGGCAGGUAAACCGAUGUUAGCGUGAUGUUAGCAGGUAAACCGAUGUUAGCGUGAUGUUAGCAGGUAUACCGAUGUUAGCGUGAUGAUGGCAGGUAAACCGAUGUUAGCGUGAUGUUAGCAGGUAUACCGAUGUUAGCGUGAUGAUGGCAGGUAAACCGAUGUUAGCGUGAUGUUAGCAGGUAUACCGAUGUUAGCGUGAUGUUAGCAGGUGUACCGAUGUUAGCGUGAUGUUAGCAGGUUUACCGAUGUUAGCAUGAUGAUGGCAGGUAUACCGAUGUUAGCGUGAUGUUAGCAUGAUCCUUGGUUGAGCUUGGCCUGAUAUGUUGGUUGUUGACAUAGUCCACCUUUCGUGUCAUCACACAGCUCGUAGAAAUUCCUGCAAUCAGAAGCUAAAAGUUUGUUAAAAAUGAUCCCAGUUUCAAACAGUCCGGGUCAAAAGGCACGAUGCUCAUUUAAAAAUAGAAAUUCAGCACACUGAAAAAGAAAUGAGAAUCAGGAGGAUUAAUGAUGGUAUCUGUGAGACAAACAGGAAGUGCUGAACUUUUUCUGUUCAUUUGCUUUCUGAACCAUGUUUUUGAGUUAAACCGCCUUAGUGAAUGUAAAACAUUGUGACUGCUUAUGUACUUUUACAUAGGUUGACAACUUUUCUGUCUUCAUCGGUUUCAUUCGAGUAGUAGCACCUGAAGCCCUGACGUGACCCAGCCUAUGAGCUUUUUACUCAGUGUCAGACAUGUUUACAGGUCAGGAGGUAGCGUGUUAAAUUUAGCAAACAAAACGGGGGUGAGAGAAAGCCACGAGGCCCACAUAUUGGCAUUUCCCAUAUGAUGAACAACUAAUGCUUACAUUUGAUUUCUAUUUAUAUGCAACAGCCACCACCAUUUUUCUCACAUGACCUGAAUCCAGAUUGGCCACAGGGCAGCCUCUCUGUCCUCAUCUCUUCAUCCAUCCCCUACUGAUGUCCCUUGGUAAAUGGUAAGUCUGGGUUCGGUUGCACCUUUAACAUGCCUGUCUGAAGCUGGUUUAUCUGUGAGGAAUCCAGAUCCUGUGGCCUCUGUGACGCCGGCAAAUGCACCGUUUCAUGUUAGGUUUUUGUACUCAUUGACAGGGAAGGUUGAAGCUGCACAACAACAUGGCUGGCAAUAAAGGACAAAUGCUACAACUGGUUGAUUAGUUUUUCUGGACUUUGACUGGGGACAUCUUUCUUUGUUCAGUGUUUAACAUCUCAAUUGUUUGAAAAAUAAAAUGUCUAAAUCUUGA